UCGAUUGUGUCGACAGUUUAGCCGCUCUGCUGGUUGCUUCACUGGAGCGUAGUGCAGAAUGGAGCUUCCCCAGCUGGAACAUGUGAGGCUCCGCAGGUGUGACAGUGCAGCCUCGGUGCCUCAGUUCUGUAACUCUCCCACGUUGAUUGUGAUGGUGGGGUUGCCAGCCAGAGGGAAGACGUACAUCUCCAAGAAGCUCACUCGCUACCUGAACUGGAUUGGAGUGCCCACAAAAAUGUUUAAUGUGGGCCAGUACCGCAGAGAGGCCGUCAAGAUCUAUAAGAACUUUGAGUUCUUUAAGCCUGACAAUGAGGAGGCCAUGAGGAUCCGCAAGGCCUGUGCAGCAGCCGCCCUCAAAGACGUCGCCGCCUACUUCUCAAAGGAACAGGGACAAGUAGCCGUAUUUGAUGCUACCAACACCACGAGGGAGAGGAGGGCCAUCAUUUUAAGUUACGCAAAGGAGAAGGGCUACAAAGUGUUCUUUGUGGAAUCAAUCUGUGAUGACCCAGACAUCAUUGCAGAAAAUAUUAAGCAAGUAAAAUUUGGGAGUCCAGAUUAUGUGGAUCGGGACAUAGACGAGGCCAUGCAAGACUUCAGCCAGCGCAUUGAAUGUUACAGGGCCAGCUACAUGCCUAUAGAUGAUGAGAGGGACAGGAAGCUCUCCUACAUCAAGAUCUUUGACGUGGGCAGUAGAUACCUGGUGAACCAGGUCAAGGACCACAUUCAAAGCAGGAUAGUCUACUACCUCAUGAACAUCCACGUCACACCGAGAUCCAUCUACCUGAGCCGCCACGGAGAGAGCGAACUCAACCUGUUGGGUCGCAUCGGUGGAGAUUCAGGCCUCUCCCCCAGAGGACAGAAGUAUGCCAGUGCCUUGGCGACCUUCAUCAGAGGUCAGAAUAUCAAAGACCUGAAGGUUUGGACGAGUCACAUGAAGAGGACCAUCCAGACUGCAGAAGCUCUGGGAGUCCAGUACGAACAGUGGAAGGCCCUCAACGAGAUAGACGCCGGUGUGUGUGAGGAGUUAACCUACGAGGAGAUUCAGGAGAAUUACCCAGAAGAGUUUGCACUAAGAGACCAGGACAAGUAUCGGUAUCGUUACCCCAAGGGUGAGUCCUAUGAGGACCUUGUCCAUCGUCUGGAGCCGGUGAUCAUGGAGCUAGAGAGGCAGGAAAACGUUUUGGUAAUCUGCCACCAGGCUGUGUUUCGCUGCCUGCUGGCCUACUUUCUAAACAAACCUGCAGAUGAACUGCCUUAUCUCCGAUGCCCUCUUCACACGGUGCUCAAACUCACACCGAUAGCUUAUGGCUGUAAAGUCGAGUCAUUUUUCCUCAAUAUUGAAGCAGUCAACACACACAGAGAGAGGCCAGUGAAUGUCGACGUCAACAGAAACAAUGAAGAAGCUCUGCAGACGGUUCCUGACCACAUUUAGAUAGUAAUUUGUGAGAAAAGCACUGCAACCGUGUAAAACUGGACGUGUUGCUGCUUUUAUUGUAUUCACUAAAUAUUAGAGAUGCACUCCAGCGAAAGGGUUGUGUGAAAAAAGAAGCCGAGGGGCUUUGAGGCAGGAGAGGGCUAGAUCUUAAGCAGCCUACAUGAAAAAUUCAGCACAGAAGCACAUGGACUCCCUCCUGCAGGUGCACCUGCAGGAGAUUCGGUUUGCAUCAUGACUGUGAAUGUUCCUGCGUCUAAUCUGAAUAGAGUUUACUUUUCUCAACUUUUUAAAAGUGUCACAUUGUUUACAAAUGUUUUAGCGAUAGAAAAUAAUAAUAAAAUGCACUGUGUUUUUGAGACUGAGAGGCUGUAUGUGUCCUGGCAUGAGAGGCCGAGAGAUGCAAGUAUUUGAAUUUAAAAGCCACCGAAUUCUUAGAUAAUAAAUAAAACUGGAAUUCAAACACUGCUGAAUU